UUCAUACUUAGCAUAAUGGUUAAAUUAUUUAAAAUUUCUCUCAAAAUUUCCAUAAUCUGUAUAAUAUUUUCCCUAAAUAACCUAACUGAGGCCUUGCGUUACAAUCAUCAAGGGACGGGAGAUGAAAAUUGUGAAACCAUUAAAUCGGAGAUACAUUUAAUCAAGGAGGAAUUCGAUGAGUUGGGACGUAUGCAACGUACCUGUAAUGCCGAUGUUAUAGUCAACAAGUGUGAGGGUUUGUGCAACAGUCAAGUGCAGCCUUCGGUUAUAACGCCCACGGGGUUUCUGAAAGAGUGCUAUUGCUGUCGCGAAAGUUUUCUGAAGGAAAAAAUCAUUACUCUUUCUCAUUGUUACGAUCCUGAUGGCACCCGUUUGAAUUCUCAAGACAUGGCCACUAUGGAUAUUCGUUUGCGUGAGCCCACCGACUGCAAGUGCUUCAAAUGUGGUGAUUUUACUAGAUAAAUUAU